UGUUGCACCGCUCUGCCUCUUUUCACACGAGCCAUCUUCGCGGCAGGAUCGGUCUGCGGUCUCCACUUUUUUUUUUCUUCUCUUCAACGAUUCCGCCUCGUCGCUGAUGCCGCUCCACUUCUGACCGACUUCCCGGCUUGCUCCGCACAGCCGGAGCCGGGCUGAGCAUCAGCGGCGGCGGCGGCAGCAGCAGCCCUAGCCCUGCACGGCUCUCUGCUCCCGCUGCUAUUUCCAAAGAUAAAUCGACAACAGCAGACUCCGACACUGCGGGAGGCGACAGAUUCAGAUCCAGAACGAACCCCUGCAAUAGCCACGGAGGUAGCCCGGAGAAGGAGAGAUUUGCCAUGCCAGAUCUGCACGGAGGAAGAAAUCUUGAUAAGCAUGGUGCCUACGCCCCAGGUGUGCGUAUCAACCCUGGUCACGGUGAGCACGAUGGCAGUGGUGGACCUCUACUUGCUGGAGCAGAGCAUGCUGGGAGCUCGGGGUCUUUCAGGACCUAGUGUGUGGCAAUAUGUGGCAGUGUUGCUGGGUGAUCUGGGCUUCCUGCUCGCGCUGCGCUUUGUCUCAGCUGGCGUGGUGUCUGAGGCGCGUUCUCCACGUCGUGGAUUUGCCAAUGCCCUCUGGUUCCUGUUCCUGUCACUGCUCCAGCUCAAGCUCUUCUUCGUCUGCCACAAUUACAGGCAGGAGCGCCGGCCACCUGAUCCUCUGGCCAGAAAGACCCUGACGUUGCUGCUGUCCAUCUGCCUACCCUCCCUAUUUCUCAUCCUGACGGGAGCUGACCACAUGACCCCGCAGCGCAGGAAGCAGGAGGUGCGGGGCCGGCUCCUGUGGGUGGUGGUUGACUUGCUGGAUGUGCUGGACCUGCAGGCGGGGCUUUGGGAAGCCCAAGGAGGGUCUGCAGCAGGUACUGGCGGGAUUGUAGAGCAGAGGCUGCCCAUUUGGGCUGAGGGUCUGGUCUUCUUUUACUGCUAUGCCCUCCUGCUGCUGCUGCCGUGCGUGGCCCUCACAGAGCUGGGAGCCACUGGCCUCCCAGGACAGAGAGGACCCCGCAAGGAGGCUUUGUACCCUUGGCUCAGCUUGGUCACUAUCAAUAUCUUCACCCUGGCCCUGAGGGGUGCAGGCAUGCUGUGGUAUAGGGACCCCCGUGUGUCCACUGUGUUUCUGGGGAAGAACCUGCUGGCUCUGGCUGUGAAGCUGAGCUCAGCCUGGGAGAGACAUAAACAGGAGCGCGGUGCUGCAGGAGGUGGGACUGUGGCUGGAGCAGAACCAGGAGACUCAACCUUGCCAAACCAGUGUACAGAGCAGGGAGAGGGCCAGGCUCAGGGGAAAGCUCCUCCCUCUAAUUAUCACACGUUGUCUCGUUCUCAAAGCCACUCGCUCUCCCACGUCAGCUUGGAGCCCACAGCGACGCCUUUAGGACCCUCUUUCAUCUCUCAUGAACUUUAGAGAAUCACUCAACAUGCACGCAUACACAAAGGCAUGCACAAACAACCACAGUGAAAAUUCGGAGUAGCCAAGCCGGUAUCACAUCCAAACAGAUAACUGUACUGAAUUUCAGUAUAACAGCGGAGGAUAUAAUGCAGAACUGUGGAGAUGCAUUUGGCAAGCUUGGCUUUGUGCACAUUUUGUUGUGCUCAGAAUAACUCAAAAAGCAGUGCUCUGAUUUGUGGAAGUAUAUUUUUAAAAGUCAACACUGUGAACACAUCUGUCAGAUUGUAAAGACUAUUUCAGAAAUA